CGGGCGUCCUCGCAAGGUCGCUUUGCGGAACGGGGACGCGGGUCUUUGACAAGGGACAGGUUUGGGGGUGCGAGGUGUCCUUGCUGCCUCGGCGACAUGUCGGGGUACACGCCGGAUGAGAAACUGCGGCUGCAGCAGCUGCGAGAGCUGAGGCGACGAUGGCUGAAGGACCAGGAGCUGAGCGCUCGGGAGCCAGUGCUGCCCCCGCAGAGGACCUGGCCCUUGGAGAGGUUCUGGAAUAAGUUUCUGCAGAACGAGGCCCCUUGGAGGAAGUUGGUCUAUAAAACAUACCGGCACAGCAUCUUUGUUUUCACUCAUGCACUUAUACCUGCAUGGCUUAUUCAUUAUUAUUUCAAAUAUCAUGUGAAUACAAAACCUUAUACCAUGGUUCAGAGGAAGCCCAGAAUAUUCCCAGGUGAUACAAUUCUGGAGACUGGAGAAGUAAUUCCACCAAUGAAAGAAUUUCCUGAUCAACACCACUGAAUUUAAUUAAAAUUUUCAAAAGUGUAUAAGCCCAAGUUUGUUCCUCAAUCAGUAUAUUUACUGAAUACAUUUUAAAAAUUUCAAUAAAGUUUACUU